GCAACAACUCAAUUAACUGGAGCUACAGUAUGAGCCUUCACACUGCGUAUAACAACUCAACUCAACUUAGUUUCACCUUUAAAGCACUUCUCGUGGAGAUGGUUGUUUCAUUUUGUAUGAUGUACAUGAAAGCCGUAGGAGAGCUUGGAGGCAUAGCAGUGGGGUCAGCUGUAUGUAUCACAUCCAUCUUUGCUGGGCCAAUAUCGGGUGGGUCGAUGAAUCCAGCAAGGUCACUAGGACCUGCGAUUGCUAGUUCACAUCACGAAAGGAUUUAGGUGUACCUGGUCGGCCCCGUUGCAGGGACAUUGCUGGGGGCAUUUUCAUUUAACUUCGUACGAACCACUGAAAAACUUGACCAUCCACUUUCUAUACAAUGAAGCCGAUGAUGCUCGAUCUUCAUUUCAAAUCAUGUCAAUUACUUUAAUUAUAGUAUAAAAUGUUUAUAUUUGAUAAGAUGUAUUUGGUGCAUUUAUAUUUGUUAGAUGAUAGGAUAUA